ACUCUUGUCAUUUGUCGAUGCAUUAGUCAAAUCUUGAGUCAAAUUCUUGAGUUGCUAUUCCGCCAAAGCAGCCAAAGUACAGAGUCAUCUAGAAUUGUUAAAAUGGCAGAAGGCCAAGACGAACCUAAAAAGAUUACAAUUACUGUAAAGACACCUAAAGAGAAACAGCAAGUCGAAAUCGAGGAAGACUCUGAUAUAAAAAAACUAAAGGAAGUGCUGGGCACCAAGUUUAACUCGGAGCCGGAGCAACUAUGUCUCAUUUUCGCUGGAAAAAUAAUGAAUGACGCGGACACGCUGAAACAGCAUAAUAUUAAGGAUGGGUUGACAGUUCAUCUUGUUAUCAAGACCCCUCCGAGACCGGAACCCGAGGGAGCAACAAGACGCCCACCAGCUGAUAUUGGUGCUACACCAUUUGGAUUGAAUUCACUCGGAGGACUUGCUGGUCUAGAAAGCUUGGGUCUUGGCCAAAGCACUUUUAUGGAUCUUCAGGCACGAAUGCAACAAGAGUUGCUAUCAAACCCAGAUAUGUUGAGACAAGUUUUAGACAAUCCAUUGGUGCAGCAAAUGAUGAAUGACCCAGAGAACAUGCGUUCACUUAUCACAUCCAACCCGCAGAUGCAGGAUUUAAUGUCUAGAAAUCCUGAAAUUAGCCACAUGCUGAACAACCCUGAGUUACUUCGCCAAACAAUGGAAUUGGCACGAAACCCUGCCAUGCUGCAAGAACUGAUGAGGUCCCACGAUAGAGCCCUAUCCAACCUUGAGAGUAUACCUGGUGGCUACAAUGCGUUGCAGCGCAUGUACCGUGACAUCCAGGAGCCGAUGUUGAAUGUGGCUAGCAGCAUGGCAGGGAAUCCAUUCUCGGGACUAGUUGAUAAUUCAGAUGGCACCAACCCGCAACAAGGCGCAGAAAACAGACAGCCCUUGCCGAACCCUUGGCACCGGGGAGGUUCCAACACGUCGAGCACUGGCGGCGCGGCGGGCCCGGGGCUCAUCAACACCCCCGGCAUGCAGUCGCUGUUGCAGCAGAUGUCGGAGAACCCUCGCCUGGUGCAGUCCAUGCUGUCGGCACCCUACACCAACAGCAUGCUGCAGGCCCUGUCCGCUGACCCGGAAAUGGCCUCCCAACUCAUAAACCAGAAUCCCAUGUUCGCCAACAACCCUCAGCUCCAGGAACAAAUCCGCACUAUGAUGCCACAGAUGAUCACCCAGCUACAGAAUCCCGAGAUGCAACAGAUGAUGUCUAAUCCACAGGCGUUGAACGCACUGCUUCAGAUCCAACAAGGCAUGGAGCAACUCCGCGCCGCGGCCCCCACACUCGUCAACAACAUAGGCUUUGGACCGGCGGCCGCGGGGGCCACGCCCACCGCCACGCCCCCUGCACCCCCCGCCGCGCCCAGCGCCCAGCCCGCGGCCAACCAGCAGGCGCGCCAACAACAAAACACCGAGCUUUUCUCACAGUUUAUGCAACGCAUGGUGUCGGCGAUGUCAAAUAAUCAGACGAACACGCAGCAGCCGCCGGAACAGCGCUAUUCCCAACAGUUGGAACAGCUUACUGCGAUGGGUUUUCUCAACCGAGAUGCUAAUUUGCAAGCUCUAAUUGCAACCUUCGGUGAUGUGAACGCGGCAGUAGAGAGGUUAUUGGCUCUCGGUCAGUUGUCAAUGAGCUAACACCCGCGCGGCGCAUACAUUGCACUGACUUGCACCACAAUUUUGAACACAUUUUAACCCAUUACUACGAAGUUGUAUUACGUUUACAUUUUCGAUUAGGUCUAAAUGUUUUCUUUUUUGAUGUCUGACAAAAUAUAGCAAAUAAUAUUAUUUGUUCAAUGGUGUUGUGCAAGUAACUUUUCAACUUUUUAUAAUAUGUUAAAGAAAGACAAAACAUCGUCCUGAAUUUUGACUCUUCAUUGAAAUUCACGUAACAAAAGGUCUAUAAAAUAAAUAGAUUGCGUCUUAAAUUUAAUAAUUUAAAUUCAUUCCUUCUACUUUAGGUAUUAUAUAUUUUUUUUCUUUUUAGACAUAAAUCAUUCGUAACGGUUAUGUUGCAAACAUUUAACAUGUUUGCUGUAUUUAAAUUAAUAAUAUAUUAUAUUAUUAUAACAAAGAUUUUUUCUUGUAUGUCUUACAGUCCUAUGAGUACAUAUUUUUAGUUUUUGCAAUGUUAGAUAAAUGAUGUAGUUUUAUGUAAAUAGUUUUGCUUUAAAAUGAGUGUGGUGGCAAAUCUUGAGUUAAAUUGAAAUGUUAAUAAUGUGCUAUUGAUGUGUACAGUCAUUUUUAAUUUUUCUUACUCACUAAUGCUUCAUUUAAGAAAUUAAACGAGAAAACAUACAGUAUCCAUACUUAAAUUUUGUUCUGUUUUUAUGUUAAAAAUCAGCCAAGUGAAUUUGUGUUUAGUUUCAAUAUAUUUGAAAUUUUAUACAGAUUGUAUCGUUGUUCCAACUCUUUGUGGGUGAUGCAUCUUUCCAAAUGUUAAAUAAAAAAAAGGCAUGGUAUUUGACGGUUGUACAGUAAUUUUUAUAAUUUCUUUUUGCGGUGGUAGAACUUUGAAAUAAGCAAUAUUGUGCUUUAUUCUAUUAAACAUAUAGCAAAUUAUUUUAAGUUUAAACACAAAAACCGAUAACUGUUGCUCAGUUUUGUUAAGGGUUUCGUUAAAUUUCCAUGAAUUAUAUCUAGAAUAAUAUUAAUACAAAACACUAAUCAAUAAAGUUUGAAAACGCUUA